AUGAAAUCAAACAUUAAUUCUAACCCUGCUCCACGCUUAGGACCAAAAACUCUUCCAAACCAUUAGAAAGGUACUUUGCAGAAGAAGAAAACCUUAAAAAAAGACAAUAGUUCUAAUGAAAGUAAUUCAAAGAGAUCUUCAAUCAUUUAAAAAGAUAAUGAAAAACAGGGAUCAACUAAAAAUAUUUCCAAAUUAAACUCUUCAAAGUCAAUUGAAAAAUAAAUAGUUUCUGAUCUACAAUUUAUAUUUGAAGGAGGUUCUGAUGCUUAUCCUACAAAGCCUUACUUCUCUGAUGGAGAUCCUUCUAUGUAUACUGCAGAGGCAGUAAAAGAAAGAGAGCAACUAAAAAAUGAUGUAGAAGUAAAAUAACAAGUGUUCAAUUUCAUGAAGCAUUACAGGUUUGAUGAGAAUGGCUAACUUUCAAAAAAUGAAUAUUUUACUGUGCAUUUAUAAUUAGCUUCAUUGCUAAGAUAAGACCUCAAUUCAGAGUAUAAAUAAGGAGAAUUAAAGUAUAUUCUUGAGCAGGACUGGAAACAUGACAGCAAAGGUAAAGAUAAAAUGAAUAGAGAUGAUUUAUUCUAAUCUCUGUUUGAACUUGUGGACAUAUGGACUCCUACUACAAAAAAAUAAGAGUAUUUAGAUUUUUUUACCAUCAUGUCUGAAAAAAUAUCAGCUAAUCAAAAUGAAUAUGACUUGCCAAAUGCUUAUUAGAUCAUAUGA